CUCCCAUCAGCUGUUCAAAGGGAAAGAAGCAUUCUAUCGUCACUGCUUUCUCUCUAGGUGCCGGUUGCGUUUGCAUUUUAAUAUAAAAACAUAUCUUUUCAACAUUGUUUUGUUUUGUGUCACACAGUUGGUCGAAUAACACAUCGUUAUUAAUACUCGCUAAUUGAUAAGAGUGAAGCUUUCCUUCGAUAGGCCGAGGCUUAGCAAGAGAUGCGGCUUUAUUAUUGCUUGAUUUAACGUUUAUGCGAUUGCAGAUUUUAUUGAAACUUCGAAAUGGAUAUCCAUAAAUCCCAUCUUCUGGUAUUGGGGUUGCUUUUGUGCUUGAUGACGACGCAAACAAGUGCCAAAUAUGAGUACCAAAUCAAAUAUCUGGAUGUUCCCCUGGAUCAUUUUACGUACGUGAACGAGAGUGUAACAUUCAAAUUGAGGUAUCUCGUGAACGACACGUACAAUACGGAUGGAAAAGGGCCCAUCCUAUUCUACACUGGUAACGAAGGCGACAUCGAAAACUUCGCGCAGAACACCGGUUUCAUGUGGGAAAUCGCGCCCGAAUUGAAGGCUACGCUAUUGUUCGCGGAACACCGCUACUACGGCAAAACACUUCCGUUUGGUAACAAUUCCUUCGAAUCGCCCAAAAACUUGGGUUAUCUCACCUCGGAACAGGCAUUGGCAGAUUUCGCCUUUCUUCUUGCGGAGAUAAAUCCUUCUAAUCGAUCAACUCGUGGCCGACCUGUUAUCGCCUUCGGUGGUUCUUAUGGUGGGAUGUUGGCCGCAUGGUUUCGCAUGAAAUAUCCUCACUUGGUGACCGGUGCGAUCGCUUCGUCUGCCCCGAUACUUCAGUUCGAUACAGAUUGCGGUGUGUUCAGUCAGAUUCUGACGACAGUUUUUCGCGUUGCGUACAAGAGAGAGUGUGUGUGGAACAUUGAGAGAUCGUGGGACGUUCUGAAGAACUAUUCGUCUACAGCCGAUGGUUUAAAAGUCUUGAAGGACAGUUUCAAGUUCUGUGGAAAUAUCACGAAGGCGGAGGACAUCACGGACACAUUUUUCGAUUACCUUUCGGAUGUUUAUGGAAAUUUGGCUAUGAUUAAUUACCCGUAUAAUUCGACUUUUUUGGCUCCUGUGCCAGCGUAUCCGGUCAGAGAAUUUUGCGGCCGGUUGGACCAAAACUUUACUGGUUUGGAGUUGAUUGGUCGUCUCCAGGAAGCAUUGAGUAUCUAUUCGAAUUACACGGGUCAAACCAAAUGUUUGAACAUUGCGAACGCAUACGAUGACAAUAUGGGUACAGCGGGAUGGGACUUCCAAUCAUGUACAGAAAUGGUGAUGCCCAUGUGCUCUGAAGGAUCGGGCAAGGACAUGUUUCUCAAAAAGUCCUGGGAUGAAAAGAAGUUUUCUGACGACUGUUUCAAGAAAUUUGGUGUUAGGCCGAAAACAAAUGUUGCGAUGACUAAUUACGGGGGAUUGUAUUUGGAUGCGGCUUCCAACAUAGUUUUCAGCAACGGUCUGCAGGAUCCAUGGUCAGGGGGUGGAGUUUUGCAGUCGAGUAAUAAUGCAAUUAAAAUUGUGCUGAUUCCUGAAGGUGCCCAUCACAUUGAUUUGCGUGCAGCUAGUGAUGAAGAUCCAGGGUCAGUGCGAGGAGCACGGCAGGUUCAUUUGCUUAGCAUUCAAAAGUGGAUCAAGCAGUAUCGCAAGAAGUUGAAUAAAUAUUAAGAAUCCAAAGGCUUCCAUUACGACUUUUGUAGUAAGUAAUAAACAGGAACAUUAAUUUUAAUAUGAAACAUCUCAAAUUGUA